CAGCCAAUCAUGUCGCGUUUUAUUGGCGUGUAGCACAUAUGUCCUCGCUUGUAAACACGUGCAGAAUACGCUGUCUCCGCUGCUUCUACUAUAAAGAUAAUCUGAACCAUAAUCACAUUUAUUAUAGAAAAUCGUUAAGAUGGCCAAAAGUCUCCGAAGCAAAUGGAAGAGAAAAAUGCGGGCAGAGAAAAGGAAGAAAAAUGCCCCCAAAGAAUUGGCCCGUCUCAAGAAGGCUCUUGGUACAGACGUGAAAGGCGAGGCUGUAAUGACAGACAUACAGGAUAUAACCACUGUGGUACCAGCUGACAAAAUAAAGAAACAAACAGACGUGGAAAUGACAGAAGAUACAGGGGAUGGUGAGAAAAUGGAUAUGGACAGCAAGCGCAAUAAGAAAACUCUGCUUAAUGAACAUGGACAGUAUCCUGUUUGGAUGAGUCAGCGUCAAGCCAAAAAAAUUAAAGGCAAACGGAUGGCUAAGAAAGGAGGCUCUAGCAAAAAGAAGAAGGGCAUUGCUUGGUAACAGACUUAUUUUGCCUGAAAAAUUAUCUAUGGACCUUUAAAGGAAUUGCAUCAUGUAUUGUUUGUUUGACCAAAUUGUUUAUGAAAAACUUUGCCAUACUUUUGCAAAGGUCUGUUUUUGUAAAGAAGUCAAACUGAAACCUCGUAUGAAAAACAAAGACUUAAUCAGACCUGG